CGAUGGAGGUGCCGAGCCUUGAAACCAAGGCCGCGCUCGAGCUCGACUCGUACCUCGCCGAGGCCGAGGUCGAGCCGACGCUCACCAAGGACCAGCACAUUGCCAUCCUCAAAGAGCGUCUCGCGCGGCGUUGCGCGCUCAUCGAUACGAUUCGGCACGCGUACUACCGCGAUGUGAUUGUCGUCAAGGAAAACCUCUUGGCGCGUGAGCUGCAUCCAAGCACCGGGUCGGUCGACGAGCGCGUCCACGCGCUGCCGUCCGUGGACCUCCGCGACACACUCCCGCUCUUUGCUCCGUCCCAGACGUAUCUGCGCGUGCAUCCCUGCGACGUGUGCGGUGGGUCGUUGGAGCUCGUCCACGGCGAGACACAAGAGCUCAACGAAGCGCGGUCGCUGUGUGCCAAGGCCCAAAAAGGCGAGCAAAACAUGAAGGGCAUCGUGCACCGGCUGCGCGCCGAGCUCAAGGAAGCGACCGAGAUCUCGGACGCGCUGCAGCAGCGGCUGCGCGCCCUCACCAAGGAGAACGCGUUUACGCUCGAGCAGCUCCAGAUCUCGCGCAAAGCCGAGCGUGAACAAAAAACAUGGCUGGCCGAGCUCAAAUCCAAGCUGCACGCCGCCACCGCCACGUCCGAGAGCGUUUCCAAGCUCACGCAACAGCUCAAGGAGCUCCACGCCGAGCACGACGAAGUGACGAGACAAACCAAGCUCCUCGUGCGCCAACGCGACGACAUGCAAGACGAGCUCGAUGCCCUUGUGCUGAGCCACGCCGCGCUCAAAGCCGACUGCAUGCGGCACCAAUCCGAGUGCGAAGCUACGAAGCGCCAACUCGACGACAUGACGGACCUCAAGACGCAUUUUGCCACCGAGUUCAACGCGUUGGCGGCCAAGCACAAGGAGCAGCUCCACGUCUCCGAGAUUGUGCAAGAGUCGCUCGUCAAAUGCAAACAAGACUUGGCCACGCUCUCGACCAAGUUUGAGCAGACCAAGCGACAACUCGAAGACCAACUGGCGGGCGAAGAAAUGGAGCGUGAAAGCACGCACGAGCGGUACCUCGAGGAGAAGAAGCGCUGCAAGCAGCUCACGGCCGAGGCGGAGCGAGCCCGGCGCGACAUGACCGAGUACCAAGAGCUGUACGCUCAAGUGGUGAGCCAAGCGGACGGCGUCGAGCGGGCCCACCAAGCGCACGUGCUUGAGGAAGCGGCGCUGUGGACCGAGGAAUGGCAUUUUAUGCGGCUCGCGCUGGACCAAGCACUCAUGCGCGAGAACGACUUGGCGUCCGAGGUCAUGAAGCGCUACUACGACGAUGACAAGGACACUGACGGCGACGGCGACACGGGCUUUUUCAUCCCGUCCUACAACGAGGACGCCGAUGAGGACGACGAGGACGUCGAGGACUCGGACAGCGAGCGGCAGUCGACGCCGCAGCUGCCAAGCCGUCCAAUGACGCCAAUGACGGACGCGAGCUUGGUCGCCGACGCGCCACGGCAGCCCACGCCGUCUUCAGCUGGCCGUCAAGAGAAUCUCGACCGCCCCGGCAGCGUCGAGACAGACAGCAAGAAGAGGCGCCCGGUCUCGAGGAAGACGAGCAAAAACGGCGAGCUCGCCCAUCUCCUCUCUGAGAUGAAGGACAUGCAAGACAAGUGCAAGGUGUUGCGCAACAAAGCGCAUGAGGCCGACAAGCACGUGGCGCAGCAGACGGCAAAGAUCAAUGAGCUCACGCUGACCAACCAAGCGCUUGAAGCCACCAUCAAGGACUAUGUCUCUGAAAACAGCGAGCGCAACCAAAGUGAAACCGAGCUCUUCCGAACUCUCAAGAGCUUGCGGGAAAAUAUCGAGGCGCUCAAGGCUGAAAUCACCCGAUACGAGCGCAAGGUCACAUCGUUCGAGGGUUUUUUUAGCAGCAUUGCCUGCGAGAUCUACCAUUUUUACCAAAAUUCCCAACUGCUCGCACCCAUUGAAGUGCUUCCGGUCGUCGUGCCCGAGGACGAACCCUCUAAGGCGACACUGCCACCAGAGAUCCUCGCCAAGCGCGCCAUCAUGAAGCGAGAGCUCUACGAAGAGAAAGUCGUCAACAACUACAUUUACGUCUACAACGAGCGCAUCGAAUUGUACCUUGUGGACCUCAAGCGCGCGUACGAUUUUAUGCUCGAAGUCAAGCACGAAUCGCUCAUGUUUAAAAAGACCUGCGAGUCCCAAGCAGGCACCAUUGAAAAGCUCCAGGACUCGGUCGAACGCCUCAAGAUGGCGCUCGAUACGGAGCGCACGAGCAUGGCCAAGCUCGAACGCAUGUCACGCAUCACGACCAACGACCUCACGCAGCUGCAAGACAAGAUGCGGUCGUACGAGCGCGAGUCGAGCGACAUUGAGUUGGAGCGCAAUCGGCUUUUGGAAGAGAAGCGCAAAAUUGCUUUCAUUAUGAUGGAAAAAUCCAAGACCUUGGACCGCGAAAUCGACCUCAACCAGCAGAUGGCCAAGAGACUCCAGGAAAAGGAUUCGGACAUGAGCCGCCUCCACGACACGGUGUCGACCCUCGCAGCGGCGGUCAAGACGUUUGAAGACGCGAUUCAAUUUCGAAAAGACACCAACCGCGACGUGGGCAUUCUCGUGCUCCCGACGCUCGACGAUACAAGCAUGCAGACCGAUCCGUGGAAACCGCAGGGUCUCAUUCUUCGCCAGCGCAACAGUUCCAACCAGGUGCCGCAGCGCUACGAAGGCCCGGUCAAGAUCAUGGUCGCGUGUCCGAGCUUGGACGUGCUUCUCGGCGAGAAGACGCUGGACCGUCCGGUGACAUCGGCCUCGAUGACGGCACUGCCGUCGGCCGUCGACAACAAUAAUCAUACCUCUGGGCGGCGGGUGCAAACUGCCGACGCAGUGCUUCUCGGCGCCUCCCACCGAAAGCCGCAGCGAAAGACGCACGUCGGGCGCAUCAACCUACCACGCGUGAAUCUCCCGCGACAUCCGUCCAGUACCAGCCUCGACCCGCUUGUUGAUAACUUUGUCGAUGGAGCCACUUGA